AUGGGAAAACGUCUCAUGCUGGCGGCCAUGGUCAACCCUCGAACACAGGAGGAUGGCUUCUUUGAUGGAAUGGACCUGGACAUGGUUCUCCGGCUGGCAAUCAAGCACCAUCCGGAAGAAGGUCCAAAUCCGAAACCGGCACCUGGCCUCUCAGACGUUGCCCCUUUACGAAGAACAUCUCGACCCGUCAUCAUCUCUAGUGGCGUACUGAAAAAGGGAGGGACUCGGCACAAGCCGCUCCGAGGGCGUCUGCUACACCUGCUGGCCCUGAAGCCGUAUAAGAAGCCUGAGCUUAUCCUCAGUUGCAAAAACGGCCUCUCUCAGUCGGACAAGGACUCCCUGGACAGCCUCCUGCAACAGGUCGCAAACCUGAAUGGGAAAGACAACACCUUCACAUUGAAGGACUCUUUGUUUAAGGAGAUUCAGAAGGACUGGCCUGGCUACACUGAAGGAGACCAGCAGCUUCUCAAGAGAAUUCUCUCUAGGAAACUAACCCAGAACACCUCGACUCCACCACCAGAGAGCCCCCCCAAAGAACAGGCCGACAGCUCCCCAUCUCAGAAACGACCUGCUGCUGAGUUCAUUGAUCCUCUUGUCAGUAAAAAACCCAGGAUAUCCCACCUAAUGAGCAAAGUUGCCGCAGGCACUGUUAAUGGGAAGCUGAUCUCCUCCAUCGGCAAGGAGGCGGGUGGAACGCAGGCCGCGGUUACGGGCUCUGUGUCUGACAGUGGAACCACGUCCGGCUCCCAGCUCCCUUUGUUGGACAUCCCUCGUCCUUUUGAUGCACUGUCAGAUGUCAGCAAUGACUCCAGCCACAACGGUCGUGACUGUGACUCUCAGGAAGCAGCUGUGUCCAAGAGGCUCAGCCAGCCGUCCUCCGUGGCCUUGGGGUCAGCAGUGCUCACUGCUUCCAACACGGGCCCAUCCUCGCCUGGAUGCUCAAGCCUAUGUGGCCUUCCGGACAACAGUACUUCUUCCUUGCAUAUCAAGUCAAGAAAGAAGUCAAAAAAACAUAAAGACAAGGGAAAGACCAAAGAUAAGGAGGUAGCAAGAGAAAAAAAGCAAGAGCAGGAAGUCCGUGACAGGCCUGAGCCUCAUCAAAUUUGUGAACUUGGCUCCACUCCGGCAAACCUUAAAAGCAGCAGUGUUCCAGAAAAAAGCACAGACCAAAAUGGAUUGUGCAACAGUCCCAGUGUUCCAUCGCCAACACCUGAGGUGUCAGACUAUUUAAUGAAGUACACGGCGAUCAGCUCUCAGGAGCAGCGUCAGAGAUAUAAAAACGACUUCAACGCGGAGUACACGGAGUAUCGGUGUUUGCACGCUCAGAUCGAGGGCGUGACCUGGCAGUUCACUGUGCUCGACAAUGAGCUCAAACAGCUGAAACAAGGCACCGACAAAUAUAAGACUAUCCACAAUCAGAUCAUUAAAGAGUAUCAUCAAAUUAAAAAGGAUAAUCCAAACUACACCAAAGACAAGAACCGCUGUGAAUAUCUACACAACAAACUGGCACAUAUAAAAAGACUUAUUGCUGAAUUUGAUCAACAGCACCUUUGAAAAUAGUGAGACGUUUUGCUGUUUAUCGCUAGAAAUCAAGAUCUGCAGCUGAACAAAUUCUCUGCACAUCUUUGUUUGUGCUAUUUAAAAA